AUGGAUCGUCAUUACAUGAGGCGCAAUACGAUCCGAGAGAAGUUGGAUUUAGUGAGAGAGGCGCACAGUCUAAGCGCAUUGAGCCUCGCGCGUGAUGAGAGGACCGAGUCCUUUGAAGCGUUAGACGUUGGCGUUGAACACUAUAUACCUCCUACACCAUCCAAAGACGUCCCAAAGCGAUAUAUAGAGGAACAUCCUGCCUCCCUUUAUUGUUAUCAUCAGUUUUGCUAUGCGAAACCUUUCAGGCGAGAAGUCGAUUUACGCCGACACUAUAAGAACGACCAUGAACCACCUGAAUCUAAGAUACAACACUAUUGGUGCGACUAUGCGUCUUGUCCUAGUCGCUUGGAAGCCUUCCACCGUCGGGAACGUUUUCGAGACCACCUUCGUGACUUUCAUAAAGAAACCAUAGAAGGACACGGAAGGCUAAUUCCGGCAGAAAAUGAAGAAGAUUUCUCAGGCUUGUGGAGGUGUUUUCAGUGUUUAACACUAAAUGCUGGAGUGAGUUGUGCCUGCUCUCAGGAUGCACCAGAUACAAAGAAAACAGGUGGUGGUCCAAAGCAUACCAAGAUCAAGCACGACAACACUACAUCCAAGGCCCCCGAAAUCAGGCUAUUGGACGCGAAAGGUUCAACAGUUGCAACUUCUCCUGAUGCAGAGAGCGGCACUAUUGCUCAACGUACGAGCCGAGGAUCCACUGGCAGGGAGAACGCAGCCAGUGGGUUUGAAUGGUGGCAAGGGGUCUCAAGCCUGUUGAGCAAGGUGGAUGAAACCGAGGACGAUCGUCUGACACCGAGUCGUCUACGCUCAGGUUCAUCAGCUGUGUCCAGCCUCGCGCCUUCAAGCUGUGACGAGUCCAUGUCUAUUUGCAGCACUCAAGACAUUAAUCUCGACCAGCACAUCCCCGAGUCCCUGCGUUCACAGGCGUUAUUCGUACUCCUGAACGCUUUUGCACGCUCCCGAGGCGCGUUCAGUUUCACAGAGUACGCUGACAAUACCACGAAUCAUGCAAAUGGAGGACCAUCCGAUAGAACUCUACAGACACCCACUACACAACGGAGUCGUCGAUCAAGCAAUGAACAAUCUAAACGGAAACGAUCGGGUGACGACGAUCACAACAACGGUGAGGGCAGCGGCCGGCGCCGAAACCCAAAGAGCAAGGCCAAUGGCCCGAGUGGCGAAAGCAAACUCCUCGCCUGUCCAUAUUACAAAUGGAAGCCACUGUCGUAUAAAUCUUGUCGAUCAAAGCAGCUCUACGAAAUCCAUCGGCUCAAAGCUCACUUGAAGCGAUGUCAUCGCCCUCCGAUUCAUUGCGUAAUUUGCUUUACAGAAUUUACCAGAGAGAACGACAGAGAUGAGCACUAUCGACAACAGUUGUGCGAAAGGCAGCCAACAAAGGUUUUUGCCGAGUGUAUGUAUCCAGAAUUGGAAGAGAGGGUUAUGAGGCGUGUCGAUCAGCGCUUGACCCAGAGAGAGCAGUGGAAUGAGCUGUACAAGGUUCUAUUUCCCGACUCUCCAGUGCCAGCUAGCCCGUACCUUUGCGAUGGACUGAUAUCGGAAGAGCUGAGUGCACUGCAAGAAUACAUGAACCAACAGUGGCCAGCCGAAUAUCGCCGAUUUGUAGCACCAGGCUUACCUGCCGAUUUGGUUGGCAGAGAGGAUGUGCUACAAGCGUUUUCAACAAACCUUUUUGAACAGGCAGUAGAGCGAAUCUUGCAACGCGCAGAACAACGGAGAGAAAAUAUUCCGAUUUCAGAUUCGGAAGAGUCAAGCUUCGUCUCUGUGGCACUGCCACCUCUAGGACAAACGAUUUCUGCGUCUUCUUCAGCAAAUAUCUCAGACCAACCUUUACCACAACAAGUAACCAUGCAACUGGUAUCUCAUGAAGUUACAGAGACAUCCGAUGAGAUUGGUAGAAUGAUGGACUACGGAGAUUUUGAGUACUACUUGGCACACUGUGGCACGGGAACAGGCCAGCAAGCCCCAUUUGAUCCGUUGGUACAAGAUCUUGAUGAUGUAUAG